AAUUCACAUGGUCAACAAGCGGCGUCAAGGUUCUGUACUCUUCAGUGCGCAGCCCUAGUGUGAUUCCAUCUCUGCAAUCUGCGCGGCGCAAGCGACGUCGAAGACAUCGACAUGGACGCACCGAGGGGUACCCCGCCGGGGCGGGCACGGGCACCGCCACCCGGAUGGAUCGGCGAUUCUGGGUCCAGGCAGGGCUCCGGACCCGACGGCUCCUGGAGGUACGGCUGGGAGUGGGCUUCAGGGCCUGGAGGCGGCUGGGGUUACGGCCACAGCUCAGAGCAGAGCCCCGGCGGCACCGCGUUUGGGUUCGGCUACGGCAGCGGCGGUGGCGGAGGAGGAGGCGGAGGGGGGAGCGGACGUGGAGGCUUCGGCUUCGGCAGGCUCGGCGGCCACUCUGGCGGGUUCGGCUGGGUUGUCGGGCCCGGCGGCCAUGCUGGCGGCUGGGGCAGCGGGAGCGGCGGCUGGGGAGCAGGCGGUGGGGCCUUUGGAGGCGACCACGGCGGCUGGGACGCGCGCGCAGGGUUCCGCGGCGGGAGCCAACGGCCACCUCGCGGAGGACGCGGCGGCGGCAAUUGACUUGGGGUCUGUAUGCUGCGGCGUGGUGAGAUCACUGCCAGAGUAUAGCAGGAGCAGUUGAUCUAGGUCUGGGAAGAUAACGUGGUUUAUUCGACUCUGUCUAUCUGCGUGUGUUAAAUUUCAGUGUGAGCAGUGAUGAUCGUAGAACGAUCUGGAUCUUGACUCUUGUAAUAUUGUGGCCAUCCUUGUAUGUUUGAGUGUUCCAUUUCAGUAUGUAAGAAAUGGUUAUGUGUACAUAA